GUGCUGGCCCCGAGUCCGCUGACGGAGGAGAUCCUGAAGGAGGGCCUCUCCCUCCUCUGCAAGACCGGCAACGGCCUGGCCCACGCCUAUGUGAAAUUUGAAGCCAAAUACAAGAACUUGACAGACAUCAGCCUCCUUGCAUGCUUCCUUCAUCUGCGGUAUGUGGAUUUAUCAGAGAACAAGCUGCGAGAUUUGUCUCCACUGAGCAGCCUAACCCACCUGCUUUGGCUGAAGGUGGAUGGGAAUCUGCUUACCAGUGCCUGCAUGCAGGAGCUGCCCUACCUCCAGAUCAUCAGCUUUGCUCAGAACCACAUCAAGGAUUUGGAGGGCAUUACUCACCCCCGCUUAGCCAACCUCAGCCUGAAAGGAAAUAAAAUCCAGACAGCGCUGGGCCUGAGUCACGGCCAGUUGUUCAGCCUGCAAAUCCUGGAGCUGAGAGGAAACAUGCUAGAAAGUACAGCAGGGCUCAAUCUUCCCAAGCUCAAGAACCUCUAUUUGGCUCAGAACUCUAUUCGGAGCCUGGAAGGCCUCGAGGGGCUAGGGCAGCUGGCAACUCUACACCUGCGUGACAACCAGCUUGGGACCCUGGAUGGGUUCUGUAGCAGCAUGAAGUGCCUGCAGUACCUCAACCUACGGAACAACGGGAUCAGUAGCUUUCAGGAGGUGGGGAAGCUGCAGGUCCUCCCCAUGCUGCAAGCACUGGUGCUGUUGGACAAUCCAUGCUGUGAGGAACCCAAUUACCGGCUGGAGGUCCUGGUCCUGCUGCCACAGCUCCAGCGCCUCGACAAGGAACUAUUUGAGCAAGAUGAGCGGGAAGAGGCAAACAGAACCCGUCUCAGAAGGCAAGAAGAAGAAGAAAAGAUGAGAACAGCACAAUGA